AUGACCGCCUCCCUGACUGAACAAAAAGUGAAGAUUGCAUUCCUAGAAAAGCAGAAUCAAGAUCAGGCUGCAAAACUGGAGAGACAGAAAACUGAGAUUGACCUGCUGAAGCUGCAGUCCAAAGAGCAGAGAGCAAAGCUGGAGACUGAGAUCGACAGGCUGAAGCUGCAGUCAAAAGUCAAACAGGUGGCUUUCUCAGCCUCUCUGCUGGAUGCAGGAGAUAGAGAUACUGGACCCUUUAACACACAGGUCACUCUGGUCUUCAAACGUGUUGUCACAAACAUUGGAAAUGCCUACAACUCUGGCACAGAGCAGAGAGCAAAGCUGGAGACUGAGAUCGAGCAGCUGAAGCUGCAGUCAAAAGCCAAACAGGUGGCUUUCUCAGCCUCUCUGCUGGAUCAAGGUGAUGGAGAUACUGGACCCUUUAACACAGAGAUUAUUCUGAUCUUCAAACAUGUUGUCUCAAACACUGGAAAAGCCUACAACCCACACACAGGGAUUUUCACUGCACCAGUGAGAGGAGUCUACCACUUUGAGUGGAAGGUAUAUGGAUAUGGAAACAUUGCUGCAGGUGGUGUGUUGUUCAGGAAUAGAGAGCACAUUUUUAUUGCAUAUGAAAUUCCAGCAUCUGGGAAUGUGAGUGCCUCUAAUGGAGCCUCACUGCUUCUGGAGGCUGGAGAUCAGGUGUCUGUGCGUCUGUGGGCUAAUUCAAGGAUACAAGACAGUCAAAGUCAUCACACCACCUUCAGCGGUCAUCUGAUUUUCACCAUGUGA